AUGGCAACACGUACUAAGAAUGCCACUCAGCAUCCAGGACACAUUUUGACUGGUGGAGAUCAAGCAAAGAAACGUACCAAAAAAGACAUUGCUGCUGACAAGCAGCGUGAAAAAAGGCAAAGGAGGCAAAUGUGGACAGACCAAGCUGCUGCACGUGCUGAUGCACCUAAACUGAGUUGUCCCCACCCACGACCCCGGGCCAUAAAGAAGGCUGUGAAGACCACGGACACCUCAACUACGACUGAUGCGCAGGCAGGUGCAGGACUCACCACCGGUAAGGCUUCUGGCGCCAAAGGCAAGGGUGACGGCCAUGGAGGUAAAUCGGCAGCUGGUGCCAACAUUGAACACCCUGCAAGCGAUGAGGAGCUGGAGGUGCCAGCAUCACGGAGGGGCAAAACCAAUGCCAAGGGGAAGAAGAAAGCAUUGAAGACACCAGUGAGAGACAUCAUCGAAGGAGCUGGUAUUAUCGAAUCAACGAUGCCACGUGAUGUCGAGAACCAUCAGAAAUCUGAUGGUGAUGUCUCACUCGCUCCUGAAAAAUAUCAACUUGCUGGGCGUAUCUCGGGUUGGGGUUCAAAGCCAAUCCCCAAGAAAAAACCUUCUACUGCCGCAUUACCUUCUGAGUACUCUAGGCCUAUCACCAAAGGGAGCACUAAUAUCAGUAGUAGUGCUAAUGCCAGUGCACCCCCACUCACACCUAUCAGUACUCCCGAUGCUGGAGGUGACUCGGCAAUUCGUUUCUCAACUUUGUUUGAGGACAAUUCGGACGACGAAGUGAACGAACGCUCAGCAGCCCUUUCUCGCCAUGUGAAGAACACAGAGGACCCCAUGGUGAAUAUCGACGAGGACAAUGAGACAGAUCUCGACAAGGGCGAUGGAGCAGAUCUUAUUGAGGAUGACGGAGCAUACUCUACCAAGGACGAUGGGGCAGAUUUCAUCGAGGACGAUGGGACAGAUUUUGUCAAGGCCCGCCCUUCUAUGCAGCCCUUCCCCCUAGUGAACUAUGAUUCAGAUUCGGAUCUCGAGUCUUCUCCUUCUGCACAGGUCCUCCCGGUGGCUGAUUAUGAUUCUGACAUCAACUUUCCACCUUUUGCCCAGCCUCCCUCAUCCCGCACUCCACCAUAUUAUUGUGCCGAGUCGCUGAAGCGGAAACUAACGGAUGAAUUGCUCUUCCUUUCAUCCGAUGUUGAGAUUGUGGAGCGUCCUGAUGACUUGACGGCUGUAGUCAAGAAGGAACUCCAACCAGCGCCCGUGCAGCUGACUUCUGCGACUGGUGUUGCUGUCACGCACAAAGCCCCUGCGGCAAAGCGACUGAAAUCCAGCACUGCAAAGACAGCCUCUCAUGCCAACACGAAGCCCUCCCAGGCAACAGAAUCGACAAUGGUGGUGCUCGCCCACUCAAAUUACAGGAUGAAACAUCUUCCUGAAGGCUGUCAAGUGUCGGGAAAGUGGAGUGGAAAGGUCAUCCCCACCCUCAUUCACUGCAUUGGGAGUCAAGAUGAAGUCUGGACCCUCAAAGAUGAUCUCCUCUGCACUACUCUGCAGUCAAUCUGGGAUGUUGUCUACAAGGGAAGUAUCACGCACACAGUCACUCCUGAUGGGCCUGUCAUUGCUGUGGCUCUCCAGCAGCUGUCUGAGUGGCAAAACAGCCUCAGCUCUACCGCCCUCGUCGUGCUUGCAAACUUCCUGUCCUCACAAAAAGACCUCAAGACCGAUGAGGACCGCAAGAACAUUUCAAUCAAGUUGCUUCACAAGCUUGCGUUCUUGUUCGGGGAUAUCAGAGACAAUGGUAUUAAGCACACGAGACCAUACGAGUCUGACCUUAUUGUGCAGGUGCUCGUGCAGCACCAUUGUGCCACCGUGGGUGCUGUCCAUGUGCAGGGGACUACAACAUCGACGUACGGGAAGGGCACGCUUGGUCUUGCCACUACAGUGGCAUGUUUGGUUGAAGUUGUCUCUAGUACCAAGUCACGCAGGAUGCAUGCGAAGACUCAAUAUUAA